UUUCACUGGUACAGAAACGAGCAAUUAUAGAAUUCAAGAAAAUCUGGUUCUCAUCACUGAUUUCUUUUGCCAGAGAAGAUAGCAUUCUAAUCUCGGCAAGGCUCUGCUCCAGUCGUCCCAGCUUUUCUGAGUAUUCCUGCAACUCCUCGUGGUGCAACGCUAAAACAAAUUUCUGGUCUCGAGCUAUAAAAUGCUCCAAUGGCACUGGCAGUGGAUUCGCUUCUUACGGUAAAAUACUCAGUUAGGCUGAACAAAACUAUUUUCAUAACCAAAAUGAAACUAAUGUCAUAAGUAAUAAUUAAUCAUAAAUUCUUCUCUUCAUUUUAUGAUCAAGUCAGGUCAAGUCGGGUCGGAUCGGAUCGGACCCCCUUUUUAUGGCCCAAAUGCAAACUACGUCGUUUUACACACCUGGAAAAAGGUCACGUUAGACACUCUUUAUCAGCAAUCGCUUCUCUCUUGGCAAGUCGCAGCCGGCUGCCUCUUUCCUUUCUCUCUGCUCUCGGCCGAUCGCAGGCGUCUUCCUCUCCCUCUCGCGAGCUUUCCGUCUUCUCUCUCGCGAGUUUCGUACUCUCCUUUUGGAAGAUAUAGUUUCUUUAAAGACUGGUAUUAUCAAUUGAGAUGAGAUGCAACGCCUGCUGGCUUGAAUUAGAGGGGCAAGCAAUUUCCACAACCUGUGGUCACCUCUUGUGCUCUGAAGAUGCAAGCAAGAUCCUUAGCAAUGAUGCAGCUUGUCCCAUUUGUGAUCAAGUUCUCUCUGAGACUCGUAUGAAACCGGUGGAUAUCAACCCGAAUGAUGAAUGGAUAAAUAUGGCAAUGGCUGGUGUGUCUCCCAAGAUAUUGAUGGAGAGUGCAUACAAAAGUGUGAUGUUUUACAUUGGGCAAAAGGAGUUAGAAAUGCAGCACAAGAUGGACAGAAUUGUAGUGCAGUGGAGGCAGAAAUCUGAGGCAAUGGAAGAAAAAUUCUUGGAGAAAUUGGAACAGGUGCAUAGCAAAGGAAUAGACGUAACUGAGGUUUUGGAUGACAGUGAUGAGGUCUUGAGUGAUGAUGUAGUAAGAGGAGAUUGUGGUCAGGAGGAGGAGGAGGAGGAGAAGGAAUCUUUGGAGCAAUGUAAUGCAUCUAUUGAUGAACAAAGGAGUUCAGGGAUCCAUGUUUCUACAGCAAAACCAGCUUUGCCAGAAACGAAACCUGGAUCUGUGCAAAGGUUUACGUCAGUUCGUGCAGCAUCCUUGCGGGCUUCUGGUCUGGCAGCCCACAAUGCAGCAUUACAGGGAGUGAACUGUGAGUCUUGUUCUAUUCGGGCGAGUAGUCAGUUUUCAGACCAGUGCACAGGCAAUAGUAGUGGUUUUAAUCUUAAAGUGGGGAAGAUUAAUCAGGCAAACGAUCAGGGAAAUCACGAUGAGAACUCAAUUGGUUUAAGAAAUGGAGUCAAUUGCAGUGUGGGUUCUUCAACUGCAAGAAAUGCAGAUUCAGGAGAAGAGUUGCAUGAAUGUGAUGGUGGUUUAAGUUAUACUGAUUCUCAAGAGCCUGGGGAGUUAUCUCAAGCUAAAGCAUUGAAUUUUGUGGAAAGGUUUGUAAAUGGUAAUUUGAUGGAGUUUGAUGAUGAGGUUGCCCUUGGAAAAAGUAUUAGCAGAAAGCCAAAGCUAAUUUCAAGUGCCAAAGGGCCUCAAAGUUUGGCCAAGGGAACUAUUAAAAGAAGCACAGCUGAAACCAAGAUUUUUGACUGGGAGGAUGAAGGAGGGGGUGAUUUUCAGAUUGCUGCUGAAGCUAUGGAAACCUUGUUCUAUGGGGAGGGGUCUACUGACCAGAACCCUAGUCAAGGUGUCUUGAUCCAAAGCAUAUUAAAGGGUUCCUCUAAAGGUUUGCUUAGAGGAGAAUCCAGGAAGAGAGUUUCUUCUGGAGAAGCCACAAUAGGAAAUGGUGUUCGUUGUUCUGAUGCUGCUCCAGUUACAAGACGAUCCAAGAAAACUAAGUCAAGUAAAGAGUCUUCAGUUUUGCUGGAGAAACAUUCAAAAAAUUUCAGAAAGGAGUGUGAUACAGAGCUGCUUCUGCCAGAAAUGAAGAAAGCUAAAUCAAAUACUGAU